CCUGCUAGUCCUGUACAGAGUAUCGAAGAGAAAAUCUAUUACUUAUUAUCACUAAUUAACCAUAAUAUGUGUUCUCAAUACGUAUAUAUACAUGUUCUACACAUACAUACGUGGAUAGAAGUUUCGUGAUGGUGGAUAUUUAGACAAAGAAUUUAAUGGUAAAUUUGUAUAAGGAGGGAGUAUUAAUUAAGUUGAAUUUUCGAAAACAAUGUUUUCCAUAUAUUCUAUGUACUUCAUAUUUCUUAUAUUAUUCGUGGAUAAGAUUAAUGUAAAUGGUUUAGACCCCAGUGACAUAGUUAUUGUAAUAUUAGAUCAAAAGGAAGGUUAUCAUAUGGCUCAUGCUGAAAUGUUAAAGAAAAAUAUUCUUGAACAAGCAGAAGCCCUUGAUAAGGAUCCUCCCAAAAUUAUCUUAUCUCACAAAUUGAAUAUUAAUGGAUCUUGGACAAUAAUACCACUUUUAAAUUAUUUAUUGGAUACAUAUUCCACUUCAAAAUGGUUUUUCUUCUGUCUGGAGAAUACUGUAAUUAGAUUGAAUAAAUUAUUAAGUAUUCUUCUCAAAUAUAAAGAAAAUAAAAAUAUAUGGAUUGGUCAUGUAUUAUACGAUCAAGAACCAACUAUCAUCCAUCAUUUUGCAGAACAUAAGAAAAAAUUGAAGUAUCCACAUAUAGCUUCAGGUUUUGGAAUAACGUCAAAUUUGUUAGCUAACCUAGUACAUAAAAUUAAUGAAGGUGAUAGACCUAAAGAUGAUUUUUCAAUUGAUGCAUCAUAUGAAUUUGCAUCUUUCGUAUUGAAAGUUGGUAAAGGAGUACGAUUAACACAUGUAUCUGAAAUAUGCAUCAUAUCUAAUUCUGAGUGUGCUACAUAUCCAAGAUUUUUUCAUCCAUGUGGUUCAUCUGUGACCACUGAAAAUAUCUAUUUUGCUGUAAAAACUUGUUCGAAAUUUCAUAUUGAGAGAAUUCCUGUGAUUAAAAGAACAUGGGCAAAAUAUGCUACAAAUAUUGGUUACUUUAGUGAUAUUGCUGAUAAACAUCUGCCUGAUAGUUUCAUUGUCCCAAAUACAACACAAGGGCAUUGUGCUAAAACAUACAGCAUUUUAGUACAAGCAGAUAAAAUAUUAAAAAAGAAAAAUUUAAAUUGGUUAAUAAUCAGUGAUGAUGACACAAUUUUUAGCGUGGCACGUUUGUUACGUUUAUUGACAUGUUACAAUCCAAACACACCAGUUGCUAUUGGAGAACGAUAUGGUUUUCAACUCUGGGAUAGUGAUUACGGGUAUGAAUAUUUAACAGGUGGAGCAGGAGUUGCUUUAUCUGCAUCUCUGGUUCAUGAAAUCAUAGAACUAGGUAAAUGCGAAUGUCCGUCAUCUACUACUCCAGAUGAUAUGUUUCUUUUUGGUAUAUGUCUAUCACGAAUCAGAGUGCAACCUGUACAUUCAUCAAUGUUUCAUCAAGCACGCCCUUCAGAUUAUGCGACUGCAUACCUUGCUUCACAAGAACCUAUAUCAUUCCAUAAAUUUUGGAUGAUUGAACCCCAAACGGUUUAUGAUGAAUGGUUUGCAGAAGCAGACAAAUCUUUAAUCACAGUAAGAAAACACACAGAAUUAUAAUAUUAUUAUGGUUUACUAUUCAUUCUGUGUAUAAUUUUUAUAUGUAUAAUAAAAAAUAUUAAAAAUAUAAUAACAAAAAAUAUUAAUUA